AUUUCAUAUUUACAUCCAUUCAAACUCUCUUACAAAGUAAAUCAAAAUCAUCUUGGUAAAAGUCAUUUUCCUGGUCUGUCUGAUAUCAGAUAUCAAAACUCAAAAGAAAAGAAACAGAAAAGAAUUGAAAGAGAAAGCAAUUGCUCUCACAGCGGGCAUAAACCACUCACACUUACCACACACUCCUCACACUCGCUCAACAGAUGCCCACGCAUGCGCAGAGAGAGAGAGUGUGUGUGUGUGUGUGUGUGAGAGAGAGAGAGAGAGCAGUUCUUCAUGAAGUCUGUCCACCAGCUGCACACAGAUAAAGCAGAAUGAUCCUCAUCUGUGAUCAUAAACUUCUCAUAUUUAACCUGCUGCUCAUCAUGUCAGUGGUGGCAUGUGAGAUGAAGAUCUUGACUUUCACUGCUUAUGAAGGAGGAAAAGUUGAAAUACGGUGUCCCUAUGAGUCUGAAUAUGAAACAUAUAAGAAAUAUCUCUGCAGAGGAAAAUGUCCAUAUAUACACAAUAAAGACAUUCCUGCUGAAUCUGGAUCUGCUAAAGACGAGAGAUUCUCUCUGACCGAUAACACAACGACCCACAUCUUCACCGUCACAAUCACUGAUCUGAGAACAGAAGAUCAAGGACAAUACUGGUGUGCUGUGAAGACAGAAAUUCUACAAAAGCGUCACUAUACAGAGAUUCAUCUGGAGAUUAAACAUGGUAAGUCAGAAUAUACUGUAUGAGUGAAAUAGUUCAUAAGUGCACACAGAUAUGGUGAAAAAUACAUAAGCAUAACUAAUAUAUCACUAAUAUACUGCAAAAGUAACAUUACAGAAGUCUCUUUGUGUCUGUGAGAGUAUGUAUCGUGUGUUAUAAAGAUGUAAAGAGGUGAGCUGUGUUGCCAAUCGCUUUCAGCUGAAAGUAGUGCUUUAUAUAUAUAUAUAAUAUAAGAUACAGGAUGAAAAGGGUUUAUUUGUCCUUCUCAACAAGAAUUAAGUCAGAGUCAGUCACAGGUCUCUGCAAAUUCUUUCUGAUCAUUUACCUUAUCUGUGUUACCACAAUAACCAGAGGCCUGCUGUUAGCUGCAUUUGGGGUGCUAGUUGCA